CUUGCUGUCUCUGUCAACGUCAAGCGGCUGACUUUGAAGUGAAAUUGCUGCAGCUUUGGUUACAAAUUCAAUCAAACGCAAAAGCUGUCAGCUCUGUGUCUAUGCGUGUGCGUGUGCGUGUCUGUGACUGUGUGUGUGAGGCAGGUGGGUGGGUAUGGAAUAAAUAGAAAAUAAAGACUGACAAGUGACGCUGCGUUGGGUAAACUGAUGCGGCAUGAAAGUGUUGCUGCCCCCAUCCAACCCCUUCCCACUCUGUUCUCAUAACUGCAACUGCUUUUAGCCCUUAGGUCUUUCACUAAAACUGAAACUUUGUUAGCGGACUGAGGACUGGGACUGGGCGCAGUGGAGUUGAAUUAUAGGUGUGGCGUGUCGUUUAAAUUAAUUAAAUGUUCGGUUGAUCUGAUUUAGAUAGCCUCUGGUAUUAAUUAUAGACAUGCACUGCAGCUAAAGCCCCGCAGCAAGGACUCGUAGGCAGUUUAGCGUUGUUAGCCAGCAACAUGGACUCCACACCGCUGGCUGUAAGCUUGGCCAGCUUGGGGCUGCUGUUGCUGCUGCUGGUCAUGUGCCUGUUGGUCGCCUGCCAUUGCCUGGGACCACGUGCGGCCAGUUGGAUGCGCAUGCGUUCCAGCAAGGAGGAGAAGAUUGGACUGUCCAAGCACAAGCAUAAGCUCUUUCAUCCCAACGGCUAUAUGGCCAGCUUGCAAUCGGGCUCGGAGUUCUUGCUGAGCAGCAGCGGCAGCUUUAAGCGCUUCGAUACCAUAGACAAGGACGAUCAGCUGCAGCAGCAGCAACAGUUGCAGCAGCAGCAGCAGCAAUUUCUGGGAAACGGUCACGCCUUGGAGGCCACAACGCCGCUUUGGAAUCUGCCAGCAGCAGAUGCGGCCAUACCGCCGCAGCCGUUGCGACCAGCGCCAGCACCGGCGCCCAGCAGCGCAGGACCCACGAGCAAGACCGUAACCUUUAGCUUCAGCCAGCUAAACGAGCGCAGCUCUGCUGCGCCGGAGCCCAGAAGCAUCGCCACGCGCUCAGCGAGCGUACCACAGCCACUAGAGGCGCCACCGCCAGCGCGUCCCGCUACAACAGCCGCUGUGCCGCUUUCAGCCACUGCCAUACCGCGGCCCAUAGCCAAGCGCACAACUCAGCUGGAGCAGCAGCAGCAGCAGCAGCAGCAACCCCAAAUGGCGUCGAAUGGCGUGACGCCAGCUGAGCCCGCGCCCGCUUCUGCGCCUGUGCCUGCGGAGCGUCGUGCUCCUGGCCUGCAGCGACGCAACUCUAGCACAAAUCCAUUCCUUUGCGAAUCCACAGAGCAGCUGCCGACCCUGGCCACGCCCGCUACUGGCAAUCCUUUUAUGAAUGGACACACCGCCAACGCCUCGCCAGGCAGCCAGCCACAAAGUCUGUCCAGUCGACUGCUCAAGCUGCAGGCCACCAGCCAGGGCAGUAAUCCGUUUACAGGACUGACGCAGCGCGUCAAGGGGCCCCAUCUGCUGCAGAAAACCAUCUCCGAGGAUUAUCUCUUUCGCAAGAUAAACGCUGCCAAUGGCAACGCCCCUCAGUCGGCCAAUGGCAAUAGCACUUGGUGCUUUGGACGCGCCUUGCUGCGUCAGGAGUCCAGUCUGAGCUUGGGCCUGGGCCGACGCAAUAGCUCGCAGCUGUCGCUAGAUGGCGCCACCGAGCUGGAUGCACUCAAACUGGAGCACGCCGUCUCCUGCGAUUCGGUCAACUCCACAGCCUCGUCGCUCUGCCUGGACCAACUGGACCAGCUCGAUCAGCCGUACACACAGAUUACGGGCUACCUCUGCGUGGGCCUGCAGUUCGGCGAUCCACUGGAGCUAACUGUCAGCGUGCUGGAGGCCAAGGGACUCAUCUAUCCGUACAGCUUGGGCACGGAAGCCGUGGACACCUUUGUGCGCAUCUAUCUGGUGCCCGACCAUGCGGGCGCCUACCAAACCCAAGUGGUCAAUGCCACGCUCACUCCUGUGUACAACGAGCGCUUCAACUUUCGCCUGAAGCGUCUGCAGGGCCGCCACUCGCUCUGGUUCCAUCUCUACCACAAUGGACCGGCGGCCCACACGCUCAUCGGCGAGGCUGAGAUGGAAAUUGGCGAAUUGGCGCGUCCCAUCACCACCUGGAUUCCGCUCUCCGACUCACGCAAGUGCAACGCCCGCUGGGGCGAGCUCAUGUUCUCGCUCAGCUAUCUGCCCACGGCGGAGCGGCUCACCGUCGUCAUUGUCAAGGCGCGCAAUCUCAAGCUCGACCUGGAGGCCAACCAACCGCCGCUGCAGCAUGUUUUUGUCAAGGUCUACCUGAUGAACAGCGAUAAGCAGGUGCUGAAGAAGCGUCGCACCUCGCUCAAGCGGCUCGACCGCAGUCCCAUCUUCAAUGAGUCCAUGAUCUUUAGCGUGCCGCCGACGGGUCUCACCAACGUUCAGCUGCGCCUCACAGUCUUUGGGGCGACAGAUGGCGGCAUUGUGCCGCUGGGCCAUGUCAUUGCCGGUGCCUGUGCCGUGGGCAAGGGACUGCGCCACUGGCACCAGAUGCUCUCCUCGCUGCGCAAGCCCGUGGCCAUGUGGCAUGUUCUCCGCCGCGCCAUCAACCAGCCGGUGUUCAUUGGCGGCGCCGAGGCUGUCGUGGCCGCCAUGCAGAGCACUCUCCAGCGCAGCAAUGCCAAGCGCAAUAGCAUCGUAUAAGACAGGAGAGAGAGCGAGAGAGAGAGAGAGAGAGAGAGAGACACAGAACUCUAGACAUCUGCAACCAAGUAGUACUUAAUUCCCUGCACUGCAUUUAGUUCGAGUCCAAUUCUAUGCCCGUCCUGUUCCUCAAAUGAAAUUAUGGCAUUUACUAGGAAAAUUUUGAAAAUUAUAGAGUUUU